ACAAAUUACGCAAGAGACUCGCUCGAGCGCAGAACCAGACGCGUCUGUGCUUUUUUUCUUUUAAAGAACGGUUUUAACGGGAUGAUCUUGACGGCUAUUACCGGCUUUAACAGUUAAAAUAUUUCUCUGACAGCAAUGGUCAGUGCUGUCUGCGGCAGACGGAGGAAGCUGAGCGACAAAGACGCAGAUAAGGAAAAUUAAACUUAUCGUGUGUGCGUUAAUUAUCCAACAAUGAGCAGGACUCCAUCCAGCGUGCAUCAGCACUCGUCAAAGGAGAUUAUGCUUUGUCUUAAGAUUCCUUACCAGCGAUCUUUUGGACCUUAACGGAUGUAUGUCACCUCAGAAAGAACACGAUCCUCAUCAACGGCGUCAUCAUAAUCAACUUUGAUGAUAUCUUUGGAGCUGGAGGAGAAGAUUCAAAACACAGAUUCUCUCAGAUAAAAGUGGAACUUCUCCCUGCUGCACAGACAUAAACAACACCUGACGGGGAAGACAAAAGAAGUAAAGUGUGUGUUUAUCAUGACAAAAAGACAGAGAGACAGACAGCCAGAAAAAGCAAAGUGACAGGUCGGUUGAUGGUCACUCACAUAGUCACGAUGCCGGACAAGUGGCAAGAUCUUCAGGAAAAGGGGAGGACCGGGGAAGGAGCUCCAGAGGUGUAUUUUGUGCCGGACAGUGUGGUCAUCUCCAAUAUCAUGGAGUUUGACGACUUCAGUCGAACGAAAGCCGGAGUAAAACAAUCAGCGCAAAGCGGCGACAUUAACAUUUUGCAACGAAAUGACAGCUCAAAAAGCAGGAAGGGACUCAGUGAAUCUCAGGUCUCCGUGGAGGUCGGUGUGGCUAAAACAGAGCAGGCCCCCGAACCUCUGGAGGCCAACCCUUUGUUGAAGGGAACAUCGGUGACCCCGCAGGCUUCGGAUCGUGAUGCCCAGGUCACAUCAUCCCCUGAUUACAAACUACAAACUGACAAUGGCACUGACGUCUGUGAAAAGACAAAACCUUUCACUGUUGUUGAUUUUUCAGAACCCAGUUUAGACUCUUCCAACAAAGACACCAAAAAGAGUCUGGACGAUGAUAGAGGCGAAUCCAAAAUUGACUUCUCGCUUAACGCGAAAGCCGAAAACUCACCCGGUGGCAGUUCGCCCGCAUUACCUGACCUUGCAUUCAAAGUCGUCCAAACGAGGGACAGCAUCGACGUCAGGUGGGACGACAGAGACGAGAACAGAGACGAGGACCGGCAGAGCACCCGGUCCAGGCAGAGUGUGAAAGAGGGGGUGUGUUGCUGCUACCAGGCGUUCAACAGGGCCUUUCUGCAGUGCGUGGAGGAGACUCCGGCCAUGGUGUCUGGACUGGUGCUGUCUUUGGCCUUCUGUGUGGCCAUCAUCGUCCUCAUUCCCACCACAGGAAGGGACACCGACAUCCACGUAGGCGCUCUGGCGGUGCUGGGCGUAGUUCUCUGUCUGAGUGCCAUCCUGCUGGUCUGCCUGCCCUGGCUGGCCACGGUGAGGCGCUGUGGAGGAGCCCUGGCCCUCUUCGUCUGGGGGACGCUGUACGUCAUUGCCAUAGUCUUCAUCUUCACCGGCGGACCUGUCACCACGUGGGAACAGGUAGCGUUUUUCCUCUUCCUCUCUCUGAGUGUGUACACCGUGCUGCCUCUCUCUAUGGCCUGGGCCCUCAUGGUUGGGAUCGGGACCAGCCUUUCACACAUCAUCAUCAUCAGCGUGUACGUCCCCGUCACGAACCCAAAGACACCCGACCUGGCUGUGCAGCUGGUGGCGAAUGCGCUGUUGUUUGUGUGCGUGAACUGUGUCGGGAUUUUCCAUCUGUGGAUGACCGAGCAGGAUCGCAGGAUAUCCAAUCAGAAGAGAGAGCAGUUCAGCACCAUACGCUGCCAGAAGGAAAUCAGGAAAUAUCAGCAGGAGCAGCUCCUCCUGUCGGUGUUGCCACGGUACAUUGCCAUGGAGCUGAAAACGGAGGUUAUAAACAAGCUCUUCAAGCCCAAAAGCGAAGAGAAGAAGGAAGCCAACUCCCACAACUCCCACAACUCCCACAACUCCAACAACUUCCACAGCCUCUACGUGCGCAAGCACAAUGACGUCAGCAUCCUCUAUGCCGACAUCGUGGGCUUCACAAAGCUGGCGAGCAGCUGCACACCGGAAGAGCUGGUCGCUGUGCUCAACAAGCUCUUUGGCAGAUUCGAUGACAUCGCCAAGAAGAAUGGGUGUCUUCGCAUUAAGAUCUUGGGUGACUGCUACUACUGUGUGUCUGGUCUACCUGACCCCAUUCCAACACACGCCAGGAACUGUGUUCGGAUGGGUCUGGAAAUGUGCACUGCUAUCAGUAAACUGCGAGAGGCGACGGGGGUCGAGAUCAGCAUGCGGGUGGGUGUUCACACCGGCAACGUGCUGUGCGGCGUCAUCGGCUUGCAGAAGUGGCAGUACGACGUGUGGUCACAUGACGUCACGUUAGCCAACCACAUGGAGUCUGGAGGCCUUCCUGGGCGGGUCCAUAUCACAGAGGAGACAAUGCAGCACUUGAACGGAGCUUUUGAAGUGGAGAAUGGAGACGGGGGGAGUCGGGAUACUCUUCUUAAAGACAGAAAAACCUACCUGGUGAUCAACCCCCACAAGCCGGAAAGCAUUCCCAGGAGACCUAAAUCGGCAAACAGUCUCACUGCAGGCGAGAGCAGGCAGCGGGCGUCGAUCCGGAUGUCUCAGUACCUGCAGUCCUGGAGGAACGUCCACCCCUUCGCGGACCUGAGCAACCACGAUGCCACGCCCUCCACGACGCCAAACAUUCCCGCCAAUGUCGCCAUGAUCCAAUCACAGGGGUCAACCGAAAGGCCACCUUGCCAGAACAACUCCGCCUGUUUGGUUGUGGAUACUGGUGUCAGGGGAUCGCUAGACACGCUGGACAAUGCAGUGAGGAGAACAAAGAGGCUCAACUGUUUGACUCUGCUGUUCAAUGACCUGAGUCUGGAGAGAGAGUUCAGCCUCUCAGAGGUAAAGGAUCUGCACCAUUCAGUGAGCUGCAUAGCUUUCAUCUUCGUUACUAUUUUCACCGUCCAGAUGCUCGUCUCUAAAAAUAAUUUUGAGAUGGCAGUGUCGUACGGCGUGACUUUCCCGGUGCUGGUGCUGCUCAUGUCCAUCGCUUUCACCGGAUACUUGGAGAAGUGGCGAUCCAAGAUGCCGCUGAGUGUUCAGUGGAUAUCGGGGCUGUCCCGCGGCGUCUCCUCCAGGGCGGCGCUGCGACUGUUUGUGGUCAUCCUCUGUGUGCUCAUCACUCUGCUUAUGGCCAUCCUCAACCAUUUCUUCCUCCCCGGAAACGACUGCAAGAUGCUUACCAACAGCACAGAUCUAGCGUCUCUCAAACUCCACACUGGGCCUUACUACCUGUACUGCUGCCUGCUGGCCAUGCUGGGGGUGAUCGUGUUCGUCAGGACGUGUUUAUCUGCGAAGGCUCUGCUGCUCACGCUGGCUGUGGUGGUUUACCUCGCCCUCUUCCUCCAUGUUCUCGCCCCGAGGUCCGACUGCCUCGUCAACCUGCUUUACAACAAAACCAAGCCAGGCAUACUGAAGGACCCUCAGAUCAUGUCCGGUGUCUGGCUCGUCAUCUUUUACAUCGUAUGCCUCAUACUGGCCAGACAGGACGAGCUUGGUUGCCGUGUAGACUUCCUGUUGGGCCGCUGUUUCAAGACGGAGAGAGAGGAGAUGGAGACCAUGGAGAACGUCAACAUGCUCCUCCUCCAGAACGUCCUGCCGCUGCACGUCGCCGACUUCUUCGUGGGCAAAACUAUUCGCAACCAGGACCUUUACAGUCAGUCAUAUGACUGUGUGUGUGUCAUGUUCGCCUCGGUGCCUCAGUUUAAAGAGUUUUACAGCGAGAGCAGCGCCAACAGAGACGGCCUGGAGUGUUUGCGCUUCCUCAAUGAGAUCAUAUCAGACUUCGAUGAGAUUCUCUCUAAGCCCAAAUUCUGUUCAGUGGAGAAGAUUAAGACCAUCGGCAGUACGUACAUGGCUGCUGCGGGGCUGAGACACGCGCCUCAAGGGGAGGAACAAAAGAAAGUGGAUAUGUCCUACACCCAUGUGCGCUCCAUGGUGGAGUUCGCCAUCGCUCUGAUGGGCAAACUGGACCGUAUCAACGCUCACUCUUUCAACAGCUUCAAGCUCCGGAUCGGUAUAAACCACGGUCCAGUGAUCGCAGGAGUGAUCGGAGCCCAUAAGCCUCAGUAUGACAUCUGGGGGAACUCCGUUAAUGUGGCCAGCAGGAUGGAUAGCACGGGAGUGUUGGACACGAUACAGGUGACGGAGGAGACGGCCCAGAUGGUGGAGAGCAUUGGAUACAGCGUCACUCUCCGAGGAGUCGUCAACGUCAAGGGCAAAGGGGAACUCACCACCUACUUUGUUAACCGGGAGCACUCGUAUCCUCACUUCUAAACCUCCACAGUCGCACGUUGAAUAGACUCAUCACCUGUUAUGAAAGAACCUGGUGCACCAGAUAAGAGGGUCUGACCUGAUACCUGUCAUCAUCACCGACAUCUGCACUGAAUUAAAGCUGAAACGAAGAUGUAGCAAUACAGAGCAUCGCCUGUUGAUUGUUUACAUCUGCGAAGGAGCUGCCUUUGUCUUUCGGAUGAGACACUAAAUAACAUCCUGUGGGGUUAAAUAAGGACUACAACUGGCAACUGAAAGCAAAGAGCUUUCUAUUUAAAGGAUGGCAAACCAUGUUGCUUACUGCAUCUGUACUGUCUCUGGGUUAUCCCCCAUCACACACCUUUCACUGUAUUAUUCUGAGAACAUAAAGUCUGAAAUGAUGCUAUGGUACAUCUAACAUGGCUGAAUCAGUGUGAUUGAUUUAUCGGAACUGAAAUAAGCUAUCCAUCUUAGAUGUACCAAAGAUUACAGUUGUUUUAUGAAGGAUAUUAUAGAGGUAGUUUAUGCCUCACAUAUGCAAGAUAGCAUUUUAUUAACAAUUACUCCACUCCACAGUGGUUUUACAAAGUUGCAAAACAGCAUUUACGAUUAAAUUGUUGUUUUUUUCUCAGUUUUAAAUAUUUCUUCUCAGAGUAUGCUGGUACAGAAUGGUCUGUGUCUUUAAAUGUAGGAAAUGUGUGUACUUGAAGCAGCUCUAUGACAGCACUGGUUCCAGGGGUGACAAGAUAAUAUCAGGGGUCACAAAAUGAUUCAUAGGAAAGAAGAACAACACUAGAUUUGUACCGUCUAAAGACGUGUUGUUUUUCUCUAAUCUAUGCGUUUAGUGUUAAAUCCUGGGCAGUUCUACCAACUAAGCCCAAUGAAUAAUAUUCAAACUCACUCACAGUUUAAAGUUGUCACACCAUCCAUAAACAUGUACAAGUACACUUGUACAUGGUCAGUGGUCUGAUCUGUAGAUUUCACUACUGCCCCAAACUGACACUUGAUGCUGUAACACAUUUGCACACAGGCACAAUGAUGUGUUUUUCCAUUAAAAGUCAGUUAUGCACAUUUAACAUUGCACUUUCUAAUAUGUUGUUUUUUAAGGGAGUUAUGCAUUACAAUCCAAAUGUCGAUUGCACACAAAACAGUUCUCCUUUUCUUUUAAGCAAUGCAAUAUAUUUCUGUGAGGGAUGAUGUGUGAAGUGUGAAUGUAAUUAUAGAGUAUGUUCAGUACAGGGAAAUAUUUUUCUAUUCUAUUUAUAAACUAAUAAAAAAAAAUACAACCACUGAUGUUUUUUGUGUACUUUUAUACAAGCCACGCUGUGUACCAAAUUCUUAACAUGCAUAUAAAGUGUUUAC